AUGGCAAAUCAUUCACAUGGAUAUGGACUAUUGAUAGAUUCAAUUAAAACAAAAAAUGAAUCUGCCAUAUAUACCAAUAUCAUCAAUAACUUAAAGAACAACGAUAUCAAUACUCAAACAUGUUCUCUAACACUUAUCAACUCUAUCAUUUCAUAUUCAAAUAAUCCUGUUGAAAUUUUAGAUUAUUUAGAAGAUUUUAAUUUAUCUUUAACUUUAAAGGCAACAUUAGGAUCAACAGAUAAUUAUUUUAAACAACAAAUUUUGAAAUUACAAAUACUUAAAUUACAAGCUAUAUUUCACGAUUCGACUACAAUGUACAGUAAAGAAGAUCCAACACACGAAAAAUUAUUAGAACGAUUAUGGGAAUUGAUGUUCCCAUGUGAGGUUUUCAAGCCAGUCGAUGAAAGAUGGAAAUUGAUUGGGUUUCAGGGAAAAGAUCCAUCUACAGACUUUAGAGGAAUGGGAAUAGCCGGUCUCAAACACCUACUAUACUUUGCCGAGUACCAUACAGACACUUUUAAACAUUUGGCUUUCCAACAACAAUCUCUACCUCAAAAUAUUUCAAGCGAUCGUUAUUAUCCACUUGCAGUUUGUGGUAUUCAUAUUACUAGUAUGCUACUAGAACUAAUGAAACCUCCUACUAAUACACAAGAUUUAACAAAUGACCAAAUUGUAAUUUAUCCAAUGUUGUUUGAAUCUAAAAACUCUUUGGAACAAAUAUAUUGUGUAGUAAUUGAAAUAUUUGCAAUGGUUUGGGAUGAAGGAAAUGCAAAGUAUAUGGACUUUAAAAAGGUGAUCGUAUUUUUAAAGAAUCAAAUCACAGAAUCCUUGAUCAAAUCAUCGACCAUCCAAGAAUUCAAAUCAAACAACUAUGUCAUCAAGAAAUUGGUUGAUUUGAAAAAGGUUUUUAUGGAUAGUCCUCAACAAGGUCCAACUAAAAAAAGUUCUCAAGGUAGACAAUCUAAAAGUUUUAAUGAAGAUAGAAAAUCAUUUGAUUAUAUAAAUAGAAGUGUUGAUUCACAACAUGAUUUAUUGGCAACAAGAGUAACUGUUGAUGAUGAAAAUGGAUUAACAAAUAGUAGUGGAAGUAGUUAUAGUUAUACAACCAAUUCUUGUGCUAGUAUGACAUACAAUAAUAAUACUGAUUCGAUCUAUUCGUCUUCGGCAUCAUCGUCACCCGCCGGCGGUGGUGAGAAUGGAGGAAAUACGGCAAUCCAUGUAGCUAUUUGUAGUCUGCAAUAUGAUAUUGUAUCACAUUACCUCAGCAAUGUCAAUAUGCUCAACAUCACCAAUGCCAAUGGAAUGACACCUCUCAACUUGGCAUGUGCAAACAGCACCACACAAAUGAUCGAAUUGAUUCUCGCUACACCUGGUAUCUCCCUUACGACACAGGCCAAGAAUGAAGUUGUUAAAUCCCUUCUUCAUUAUGGUUCAAAUCCAAAUCUAUUUAACAAAAAAGGAGAAACUUCAUUACAUAUAUCAAUUAGACAAAAGAAUAGAGAUUUGAUACAAUUGUUGAUACAGUAUGGGUCGGAUGUUUCGUUGAACAAUUCUUCAUCACCAUCUCACCAUAAUAACAAUCAUAAUAAUAAUCAUAAUAAUCACUAUAACUACAACAAUCAUAACCAAAAUAAUGGAUCGAUUAGCCAUAGUUAUAGUCACAGUCAUACAAGUCUACAAAACUAUGGUAGUAGUCCCAUUAGUAUAAGUAAUAAGAGUAGUAUCCAAAUUGGAAGGGAACGAAACAAUUAUACCUCCCAUCACCACAGCAACAGCAAUAGCAGUGACUAUAACCCAUCGAGUAGUCCACCAUCUGACCUCAGUAUUGCUGGAAACCACACUACCAGUGCCGGCAGCAGUCUCAUGAGUUCUAUUGUCGGUCGUGGAAGACUGACCAACAGCUUCUCAUCGCAUUCAACGCGAUACACCACCCAACAGAAAUUGGAUAUCAUCAAGCGAUGUCUUAGCGAGGCAACUAUUGUCGUCGACCAAAUCACGCCAACCGAUACCAAAUACAAAGAAAAUAUUAAACGUGCCACAGAGAAUAUUAAAAAUUGUAAAAUAUUAUUAAAUUCUUUAAAAUAA